AUGCAAAGAGGACAUAAGCAGCACAUAUCAUUAAAUGGAGAAAAUGCAGUGAGCACAAAGUGUCCAACAUCCAUCUCCUGGAGGAUACCACUGCCUGCUCCUCUCGCCCUCACCCGCAUCACCCUCAUCCCCCUCAUUGCCCUCAUCACCCUCAUUCACCAUGUUUCUCCAGCCCUCCUGUGCCUAGAGCUUGGUGCGCGCUCCCGCCUGCAGCAGUGCGCGCCCCGCUCCGCUCCGGCUCUGACACAGGAGGUAGACACUGCUGGAGGUGGAGGCCAAGGUCAAGUUGAAAGUCUGUGUCUAGCCACGCAGACCAUGGGGCUAUUGAGCCUUUGA